CGUGUUUAUAUUAUAUAUAUAUAUAUAUAUAUACUAACCGUAAUAUCGGAAAAAUUAAUUAAAUUUUCGGUUUAAACGAUGGCCUCUUCCGGCCGAAGACCCGAACACACGGCUCCUCCAGAGAUGUUUUACAACGAGUCGGAGGCUAUUAAAUACACUUCAAACUCGCGGAUGAUCGCAAUACAGGCACAGAUGAGCGGUCGGGCACUGGAACUGUUGGCACUUCCCGAUGCUGACGACUACCCGCGUCUUAUACUGGAUUUAGGAUGUGGUUCGGGACUGAGUGGUCAAGUGGUCGAAGAGAUGGGGCACAUGUGGAUCGGCUUAGAUAUUAGCGAAGCUAUGCUCAAUGUCUGUCGAAGUCGUGAACUGCAAUCCGGUGACACACUGUUAGCCGAUUUGGGCGAAGGACUGCCGCUGAGAGCCGGUCUGUUUGACGGUGCAAUCAGUAUAUCGUGUAUCCAAUGGCUGUGCAAUGCAGACAAAUCCACACAUUCACCCGUCCAACGUCUCUACCGAUUUUUUUCGACGCUCUACUCAUGUUUGGCCCGCAAUACUCGGGCAGUGUUUCAAUUUUAUCCGGAAAACACUUCGCAAAUCGAGUUAAUCACUGCUCAGGCCAUGAAAGCCGGCUUCACUGGCGGUCUGGUUGUUGACUAUCCCAACAGUACUAAAGCCAAGAAAAUGUUUUUAGUUCUCUUUACCGGCGGAUCUGCCAAUCAAUUGCCUAAAGGUCUGAGCGAUGGCAACGACUCGACCGUUGAUUACAACGCCAACCGACAGACAUAUAGAUCAUCGAAACCCUCGAAAGCUCCAAAAAAGUCGCGUCAAUGGGUUCUCGAUAAGAAAGAGCGUCACCGACGACAGGGAAAGAAUGUCAGACCCGAUAGUAAAUAUACGGCUCGGAAAAGGAGUUCCAGAUUUUAAACAAUCAAUCAAUCUAUCUAUUGGUUAACAUUUUUUGUGUGAAUUAUUUUUUCUUUAAUUAAAAAACGUAUUUUGAUAUCAACUGUAUAUUAAUUAUCGA